AUGAUGCUACAAAAACAGAGUGACAAAAGUUUUGUUCUUCCCGAAGCAGGCACAGAAUCCACAGACUCGUCGUCGGAUGUCUCCUUUCAAUCAGCAUCGUUACGCACAGCUGAUUGUGAUGAGUCAUCGCCAACGUUAUCGCCUUUGAAGCAUUGUGUUACCAUUGGUAGCACUGACUCCAAAGAUAUUCUUUCUUUGAUGAACCGUCGGAAUGGUAACCCCAGAGACAAUGUAUUUACUACUAGUAGCAGGAAACUGUCGGAUCGGCGAGUCUCUGAGAUGUUUCUGAAGGAACGACGCAUGAGCCUCUACGACUCCUAUGCAAGGUCUUCCAGCAAGUCAUUUUUCGUUGAUGAUCUACAAACACUUUUCGAUGCACCAGAAGAAGAAGAAGAUGCUACUAGCUCGUCCACGCCGUCUUCCGUUAUCUCAAUCAACAAGACGUGUACGUUUGGUGGGGUUGAAAUCCGAGAGUACCCAAUCAUUGCUGGUGACAGUCCAGCUGGAUUCAAGGGACCUCCACUCGCCAUUGGUUGGACUCCAGUCUCCACCGUUCGCUUUCCCAAUGUCGAAAAGUACGAAUCCGUUCGCAGUAGACAUCGUCGAACUGCCAAGGAUCUUACCAUCCCGGCUAGUCAGCGCAUGGUCAUUCUGACCAAUCAAGGCUUUGCCCGAUCCGAGAUCCAAAAGUGUACCAAGGAUGCCAACCUCGCAAGGCGGCAACGCAAAGAGACAAUGGCUACCCUCAAAUAUCAGGCUACCUUUGAGAAGAUCGAAUCCGUCAAAAGAAAGACCCUUAACGUGGUGACCUUUGGACAACGCAACAAGGCCCAAAAGGAAUACCUCGAGAAGUAUGUCCCUAAUUAUGGUGUCGCCCCUACUCCUGUGGCAUAG